AUGCAGUGCUAUACAGAGCUUUUGCCCCCAACGGGGAUUACUCAUGCACUUUCCCUUCCUUUUUUAUCAUCAACAGCUAGCAAUUUGAUUGUUGUGCGAUCAUCCCUGUUGCAGGUGUUUUCCUUGCUCAAGCCUUCAUCAGAGAGCACUGAGACCCACUCGGCACCUUUCCAUCCACCUGAGCCGAAAUUGGUUCUGGAAAAAGAGUACAAUUUGCCAGGAACGGUGACAGACCUGAGUCGAGUGAAAAUCUUGAAUUCCAAGAGUGGCGGAGAGGCCAUUCUGCUGGCUGUUCGAAAUGCCAAGCUCAGCCUGAUUGAGUGGGACCCAAAGCGCUACAAUAUUUCCACCGUCUCUAUCCACUAUUAUGAACGAGAUGACCUGACUCGCAGCCCCUGGGUACCAGACUUGAGCCAAUGUGGCAGUAUUCUGAGUGUGGACCCCAGCAGCCGGUGUGCGGUCUUCAAUUUCGGUAUUCGUAACCUGGCCAUCUUGCCUUUCCACCAGGCAGGAGAUGACCUUGUGAUGGACGACUACGAUUCUGGGCUGGACGGUGAACGGCCUACUCAAGCACCGGAUGGGGCAGCGGACCUGGAGAAGAGCAAGGGUGGCUCUGCUCAUCCCACGCCUUACGCUGCUUCGUUCGUUCUACCACUGACAGCCCUGGACCCUUCAUUGUUGCAUCCCGUCAGCUUGGCAUUUCUCUACGAAUACAGAGAGCCGACAUUUGGAAUUUUGUAUUCUCAAGUUGCAACCUCCAAUGCCCUUGUCCAUGAGAGAAAAGAUGUAAUGUUUUACACUGUCUUCACGCUAGACCUAGAGCAACGCGCGUCGACCACCCUCCUCUCAGUCUCCCGGCUCCCCAGUGACUUGUUCAAGGUUGUAGCACUGCCGCCUCCUGUGGGAGGUGCUUUGCUUAUCGGUUCCAACGAAAUUGUGCAUGUGGACCAAGCGGGUAAAACAAAUGCAGUUGGAGUGAACGAAUUCUCUCGCCAAGUAUCCGCAUUUUCCAUGAGUGACCAAUCCGACUUGGCCUUUCGCCUGGAGGGUUGUGUUGUGGAGCGACUGGGUGGCGACAGUGGUGAUCUUCUUCUUGCGCUUGCAUCGGGUGAUUUAGCGCUGAUAAAAUUCAAGCUGGAUGGUCGAUCUGUAUCGGGCAUGUCAGUCCAUUUGUUGCCAGCUCAAGCAGGCGGUGAUCUCCUCAAAUCGGCGGCCUCUUGCUCUACCUGCUUCAAUGAUGGAAACAUCUUCAUUGGUAGCGAAGACGCGGACUCGGUGCUUCUCGGGUGGUCUCAUUCGACUUCUAGCAAAAAGGCACGCUUAGAAACGAAGCGAAUCACCGAUGGCCUGGAUGAUUUAUCAGACGAGGAUCAAAUGGAAGAUGAUGGGUACGAAGAUGACCUCUACUCUUCAGUGCCUGAGCGAACCCAAACCGACACACGCCCAACCCCGGAGAACUCUAUGCCAGAAUUUUACCAUCUUCAACUUAAUGAUCGACUUCCCAGCAUCGGUCCUCUACGAGACAUCACUCUCGGCCAAGCUAGCCCAGCCUCGAGUGACUCGGAGGCGUCCGCCAAUGAAGGGGCUUCGGCCGAACUAGAGCUGGUCGCAUCCCAAGGCUCAGGCAAGAGUGGUGGGCUUGUUGUAAUCAAGAGGGAGAUUGAUCCUGUGACGACAAUGUCCAUGAGUCUCGAUGCUGCCGAUGGAGUGUGGUCGGCUACCAUGACUCAAGGCAAACAAGCCUCUUCGCACGUGGGCGAUUCAGACGGGAAAAACUCCAGUCAAUAUGUAAUUGUCUCACGGCUUACUGACACAGACAAAGAGAUAUCAGAGGUCCUCAUGGUGGAGGGAGCAGCAUUAAAACCCCUCAAGGCUCCCGACUUCAACCCGAGUGAGGAUAUUACUAUCGAUAUUGGGUUAUUAGCCGAAGAAUCCCGUCUUGUACAGGUUUUGCGAAAUGAAGUCAGGAUCUAUGACCGAGAUUUGGGGCUAGCACAAAUUUAUCCCAUAUGGGACGAAGACACGGAUGAAGAGCGUAUUGCCGUGAGCGCAAGCUUUGCCGAUCCUUACCUAGCCAUAUUGCGUGACGAUUCUUCACUCUUACUGCUCCAGACAGAUGCUAGCGGCGACCUUGAAGAGGUGUCUCUCCCAGACAAAAUGUCCACGUUAAAAUGGCGUUCGGGCUGUCUCUAUCACGACAAACAUCGAUCAUUCGGCGCUCUCCACACAAAAUCAAGUGCCGCUGAACCAAACAUUCAGUUAUUCUUGUUGAACGCCGAAAAUAAGCUCUCGAUAUUCAGCAUCUCGGACAUGAAAUUGCUAUCGGUCAUUGAAGGUCUCGACUGCUUGCAGCCGCUGCUAUCGGCGGAUCCACCUCGAAGAUCUAGUGCACGAGAAUCGUUGAAAGAAAUUCUGGUAGCUGAUCUCGGUGAUUCCUCGUUUGUCCAACCAUACCUAAUUCUUCGAACUGAUAAUGACGACUUGGUUGUGUACAAGCCAGUCUUCAUCCCAUCUGAGACCGAGAGUGGACAACCGAAUCUUCAAUUUUUCCGGGAAGCCCACCAUACUCUUUCUAAGCUCACCUCAAAGGAGUCACUCACAGAAACGGAGAUUCCCACACGUAGAAGACCAUUACGGGCUCUACAGAAUGUGUCAGGGCUCAGUACUGUGUUUAUGCCAGGUGACUCCGGUAGGUUCAUCGUUAAAACUGCUAAAAGCACACCACACGUGGUUCGCCUCCGCGGCGAAUUCACACGAUGGCUCAGUGGGUUUAAUUCACCGCUAACGGGCUGUGAAAAUGGCUUCAUCUACGUGGAUGCCGAGCAUACACUUCGGGCAUGUCUAAUUCCUCCAGAAACUCAGCUUGACUAUUCCUGGAUCUUGCGCAAAUUCUCGCUGGAGGAGCAAGUGGGCUUCUUGACUUAUUCAACAGCAUCUGAGACCUAUGUUCUGAGUUCCAGCUCCAGCGUGGGAUUCAAGUUGCCUGAAAACGAUGAGCUACACCCUGAAUGGCGCGAUGAAGCGAAAACAUUCCUACCUGAAGUUCCUCAAAGCUUCGUCAAAAUCAUCAGUCCGAAAACCUGGGAAGUUAUCGAUAGCUACCCGCUGGAGCCUGCUGAGCAUGUGACAGCGGUGAAGAAUGUGAAUCUAGAAGUGUCGGAAAAUACACAUGAGCGCAAAGAUCUGAUCGUUGUGGGAACGGCUAUUACCAAGGGCGAGGAUAUUCCAGCCCGUGGCUGCAUCUAUGUGUUUGACGUGAUUGAGGUGGUUCCGGAGCCAGGUAAACCGGAGACCGGCCGCAAACUCAAGCUCAUUGGCAAGGAGGUUGUCAAAGGCGCAGUGACCGCGCUGUCCGGUAUUGGCGGCCAGGGCUUUGUGAUCGUAGCGCAAGGGCAAAAAUGCAUGGUCAGGGGGCUCAAGGAGGACGGAAGCCUCCUUCCCGUGGCGUUCAUGGAUAUGCAGUGCUAUGUCAAUGUUGCAAAAGAGCUCAAGGGUACCGGGAUGGUCAUCUUGGGCGAUGCAGUCAAGGGCCUUUGGUUUGCAGGCUAUUCGGAAGAACCUUACAAGAUGACUCUCUUCGGCAAAGAUCCGGAGUAUCUGGAAGUCGCGGCUGCAGAUUUCCUACCGGAUGGUAACAAGCUCUACAUUUUGGUUGCAGACAGUGAUUGCAACCUGCACGUGCUGCAGUACGACCCUGAAGACCCCAAGUCAUCCAAUGGUGAUCGACUACUCAGCAGGAGCAAGUUCUAUACAGGCAACUUUGCCUCAACGAUGAUCCUAUUGCCGCGCACGGCGGUGUCAUCUGAACUUGUCGAGUCCACGGCAGAUGAGAUGGACGUGGACCACGCCAUUGCGACUCAAAAUGUUCUAAUUGCAUCACAAAAUGGAUCAUUGGCCCUGGUGACGACUGUCGCAGAGGAAUCAUACCGUCGCCUGUCUGCUUUGCAGUCUCAAUUGACCAACACGAUUGAACACCCUGGUGGAUUGAAUCCUCGCGCCUUCCGUGCAGUUGAAAGUGAUGGUGCCUCUGGUCGAGGAAUGGUUGAUGGAACUUUGCUUCGGCAGUGGCUGAGUCUGGGGAAACAGCGCCAGGCGGAUUUCGCGGGUCGGGUCGGCGCGACGGAGUGGGAGAUCCGGGCCGAUCUAGAAGCUAUCGGUGGAGACGGACUGGGGUACCUAUGA